CAGGGCUAUGGUUGCAGCAUCCCUGGAGCUUGUACUGUUUUCUAAAACACAACAAGGGAAAAGAUAGGGGAACAGAACUAAGGAGGCAAGGAGAGAUAGACGGAUAAUUAUUUGGACGCAGCCAGGGGUUGGGUUGCUUUGUAUGGAGUGGAGCAGCAGUGAGAAUGAGUGUGUUUUGUUUGUAAACAGCCCCUCAGUCAGUGGAGCGGCUGCCUGUGUUACUGCUGAGGAGCAGGGAGAAGCAGAAGAGGAGGAGGGGUAGAGAGGGGGAAACGUUCCUUCUCCCUAAGAUAUUUCCCCUCCUCUAUCUUGUUGCCUGCUACGGCUCCUUUUUUUAAUAGUGCUUCUCCCACCACAUCGACGAAAGGUAGGUACAUAACAUAUACCACUAAUCUGGGAGGGCAUUUAAGGCAAGAGCUUGCAUGUCACGUUGGUAGGAUUAAAAGCCAGGCCUUAACUUAUUUAUACUCAUUGACUUACAGAGAAAUUAUCAAUGUGCAACAACAUUUCAUGGUGUGAAUAAGACAAUAAGAGAGAAAUAUGUUAUAUUAUGGAAAUGUUAUGUUUACUCUCUUUGUACUGUAUUUGAUCUCUAAUUGGACAGUGACAAAGGUUGAGACUGGCUCUGGGUUUUGAUUGGUUGAGAGCUUGCACUGCACAUGUUCCUCAUUAGGUGCAUUCUGAGGUGCGGGACCCGGGAUGGCUCAUGUGUCUUUGUUUUCACGGUUUGUGUGACACUAUAGUAGGGUGUCUCAUGUCUGCCAUACUAGUGCCCAAAAAUGUACAUGGCAUAAUUCAGCAUUUCAAUACAUUGACCCUCUAAUUAUAUCUUAUGAAGGCUUAAUGAAGCCUUCACAAGCCCUUUGUAAAGUCUAUAUAAAUGCUUCAUAAAUCAUCAUAAGCACAUACUAUAUAAAGGGUGGUGUUUGUGUGUGGUCGUGCAGUUCUCAUAUGGGUGCAAAGUUAGCAGAGAAGGUGACAGACCUUUUGACACAUUGCCUCAGACAGUGUGAUGCAUGUAUGGGGGCCUUUGUUUUCCUCUGUAUUGUAUCUGCUUUGUUCGGACACUUUUUUUCUCUGCUUCUGGUGCCCAAAACACCAUGCUAUGUAUACGAUUUCAUCUACUUCUACAAAGACAUACUUUUACGUGGGGAAGUUCUAGUCAUGUCACGAGCACUGUGAAAAACAGACAAGAUUAUUUUGCAUUUAGUAUUUAUGGAUGAUGCACCUUGGUGGCAGUUUGUGUCGGCAUUUUAGAUCAAGAUACACACCUGACUAAUUUCAGUAGGUGACCAGAGGCUUUGCCUUUAUUUAUAUAAUCAGAAUGAAAAUCCCAUCCUGUUUGACAUACAGUGCAUUCUGAACGUAUUCAGACCCCUUUUCCACAUUUUGUUACGUUACAGCCUUGUUAUAAAAUGGAUUCAAUUGUUUUUUACCCUCUCCAAUCUACACACAAUACCCCAUAAUGACAAAGCAAAAACAGGUUUUUACACAUUUUUGCACAUUUAUAAAAUAAAACGUAAAUAUCACAUUUACAUAAGUAUUCAGACCCUUUACUCAGUACAUUGUUGAAGCACAUUUGGCAGUGAUUACAGCCUUGAGUCUUCUUGAGUAUGACACUACAAGCUUGGCACACCUGUAUUUGGGGAGUUUCUCCCAUUCUCUGCAGAUCCUCUCAAGCUCUGUCAGGUUGGAUGGGGAGCCUCGCUGCACAGCUAUUUUCAGGUCUCUCCAGAGAUGUUAGAUCGGGUUCAAGUCCGGGCUCUGGCUGGGCCACUCAAGGACAUUCAGAGACUUGUCCCAAAGCCACUCCUGCAUUGUCUUGGCUGUGUGCUUAGGGUGGUUGUCCUGUUGGAAGGUGAACCUUCUGGAGCAGGUUUUCAUCAAGGAUCUCUCUGUCCUUUGCUCUGUUCAUCUUUCCCUCAAUUCUAACUAGUCUCCCAGUCCCUGCCGCUGAAAAACAUCCCCACAGCAUGAUACUGCCACCACCAUGCUUCACCGUAGGGAUGGUGCCAGGUUUCCUCCAGACGUGACGCUUGGUAUUCAGGCCAAAGAGUUCAAUCUUGGUUUCAUCAGACCAGAGAAUCUUGUUUCUCAUGGUCUGAGAGUCCUUUAGGUGCCUUUUGGCAAUCUCCAAGCGGGCUGUCAUGUGCCUUUUACUGACGAGUGGCUUCCGUCUGGCCACUCUACCAUAAAGGCCUGAUUGGUGGAGUGCUGCAGAGAUGGUUGUCCUUCUGGAAGGUUCUCCCAUCUCCACAGAGGAACUCUGGAGCUCUGUCAGUGACCAUCGGGUUCUUGGUCACCUCCCUGACCAAGGCCCUUCUCACCCGAUUGUUCAGUUUGGCCAGGCGGCCAGACAUUUUUUGGUACCCUUCCCCAGAUUUGUGCCUCAACACAAUCCUGUCGCGGAGCUCUACGGACAAUUCCUUCGACCUCAUGGCUUGGUUUUUGCUCUGACAUGCACUGUCAACUGUGGGACCUUAUAUAGACAGGUGUGUGCCUUUCCAAAUCAUAUCCAAUAAAGUAAAGAAGGUAUUUCAGUUUUUAUUUUUAAUACAUUUGCAAACAUUUCUAAAAACCUGUUUUUGCUUUGUCAUUAUGGAGUAUAGUGUGUAGAUUGAUGAGGAAUUGUUUUUCUUUAAUCCAUUUUAGAAAAAGGCUGUAACAUAACAAUGUGGAAAAAGUCAAGGGGUCUGAACACUUUCCGAAUGCACUGUAUGUGUCCCUCAGACCUCAAACAUGCUACCCACCUAAACCUCUUUCCAAACCGUUUGCGGAAGGAAGGAUGUUUGUGGCCUGUCAUACACACACAUGCACACCCAAAGCCAACCUCUAACCAAACCAGAGCCAUAUGAUAUGCUAUUGUAGUGUGCAUAAUAUGUUUGUUUUCCGAUCUGACAGUGUAAAAUUAUCUGUUUCAGUUUCUGCCUGGAGAGUGUGUUCUGGUGUGCUCAAUGCAUUCCCAAUGCUUCAGCAGACCUCAGUCCAGAGAGAGACAACCAGUGGCUGUUAUGACACACAUGAGAGACUGAGACACAGAAAAGAGACACAUUGAGACACCCACAGCCGUGGGAACAAGAUAACUCUCCACAAUCCUCUGUUUCCUCUCAGCUGAAACCAUGGAUGCGACCAUGGCCAAGACCACCGCUAGCUUUCUCUCCACUGUCUCCAGCAUGACCCCCACCUCCAUGACCUCCCUCCUCGGCAUUACCACGGACGCGAGGAUGGAACGGGACAAUGUCACUGCAUCCAGAACAACAUUCAUGACCACUACCAUUACUAUAACAACAACCAAUGAGACAAGCUUCAAUGCCACCAAGCUGCCAGAGGUGGCGUUAGAGGGCUCUGGGAUGGGCAUGGUGCUGGUGCCCUUUGGCAUCAUCACUGUCAUUGGCCUGGCAUUGGUCAUGGUACGAAAGCAAUCGCUUUAGUCACUACCUAGUUUGUCAUGACAGUGUACAUUAUGAACAAGUUGCUUUUGUCCUUUUUAUCUAAUUAACAAUCUGUCUCCCUGUGCCCCACCAUGUCUCCCAUCCCAGAUGCUGUAUAUCAGGAAACGGAAGAGGUGAGGAAAUUUAAGUAUAAGAGUUCAAGUUAUCAGUCAGAUUUGUGAAAGGCAGGGCUGCCCUUCAUGCAUAUCCAAAUAAUCAUAGCAUUGAGAGAACUGUCAGUAAUGUGUGUUUCUAACCAUUUCUUUCCUCCUGCCAUCUGCCCUGUGUUCACUGUCCAGACUGGAGAAGCUGAGGCACCAGCUGAUGCCCAUGUAUAACUUUGACCCGGCAGAGGAACAGGAUGACCUGGAACAGGAGCUACUGGACCACAACCGUGACGGCAACCUCACAGGACCCAAUAACAAGGUACUAUACACUACAGGCCUGAAGCAGUGCUGUGGCUGCACUCCCCUGUUCAAUGAUACUGAUCAUCUACUGUAGAUCUACGAUGAUCUACAGAAGUCUUAACAGUUACAUUAUGUUCAGACUCAUCUUUAAUCACCUACAGGGAUCUAUUGUUCACUGAUCCACAGUUACCUUACUGGAUCUGAUCGUUGGUUGGAUUCCUAAAUAUGUUGGCCCACAGGAUUAUAUAAUUUUCUCUUACAGAGCUUUGUAAGUGCUUACAUUACCAGUUGCUAUUUUAUACUCAUGUUAAUUACAUUUUUUCUUUAUAUUUUCAAUAGUCAAAAUGGUAAUAAGUCAAAUAUGGUAAAGUAUAAUUUGUCUGUUGCUGUAUUUUCAUGAAGCUACCCUUUCCAAAACACUUACAUACUACGUGUGGACCUUGCUGUGUUACAACCCUUCACCAUGUACAUACAACAAAUUCAAAGAUUACAACAGAGUACCCUGUACACACACACAUGCACAACCUUUUCCUCUACACUGGAGACUGACACAUACCUAUACCCUCAUUUCACAUCUUCUUUGUGUGCCUAAUACCAUCAAGUUGUUGAUUACAUUACUGCCUAUCACUCAUCUCACUGCUCAGUAAUGUACUUAUAAAAUAUUUGAUGUUCUCAUUUUCCCCUUGUGAUUGACAUGACUAGGCUAUGUAUGUGAUUAUAGCAAUAUGUGUUCAAAAGUUUGGGGUCACUUAGAAAUGUACUUGUUUUCGAAAGAAAAGCAAUUUUUUUGUCCAUUAAAAUAACAUCAAAUUGAUCAGAAAUACAGUCUAGACAUUGUUAAUGUUGUAAAUGGCUAUUGUAGCUGGAAAUGGCUGAUUUUUUUUAUGGAAUAUCGACAUAGGCGUACAGAGGCCCAUUAUCAGCAACCAUCAGUCCUGUGUUCCAAUGGCACGUUGUGUUUGCUAAUCCAAGUUUAUCAUUUUAAAAGGCUAAUUGAUCAUUAGAUAACCCUUUUGAAAUCAUGUUAGCACAGCUGAAAACUGUUGUGCUGAUUAAAGAAGCAAUAAAACUGGCCUUCUUGAGACUAGUUGAGUAUCUGGAGCAUCAGCAAUUGUGGGUUCGAUUACAGGCUCAAAAUGGCCAGAAACAAAUAACUUUCUUCUGAAACUCGUCAGUCUAUUCUUGUUCUGAGAAAUGAAGGCUAUUCCAUGCGAGAAAUUGCCAAGAAACUGAAGAUCUCGUACAACGCUGUGUACUACUCCCUUCACAGAACAGCGCAAAAUUUGCUCUAACCAGAAUAGAAAGAGGAGUGGGAGGCCCCGGUGCACAACUGAGCAAGAGGACAAAUACAUUUGAGUGUCUAGUUUGAGAAACAGACGCCUCACAGGUCCUCAACUGGCAGCUUCAUUAAAUAGUACCCGCAAAACACCAGUCUCAACGUCAACAGUGAAGAGGCGACUCCGGGAUGCUGACCUUCUAGGCAGAGUUGCAAAGAAAAAGCCAUAUCUCAGACUGGCCAAUUAAAAUAAAAGAUUAAGAUGGGCAAAAGAACACAGACACUGGAUAGAGGAAGAUUAGAAUAAAGUGUUAUGGACAGACAAAUCGAAGUUUGAGGUGUUCGGAUCACAAAGAGGAACAUUUGUGAGACACAGACCAAAUGAAAAGAUGCUGGAGGAGUGCUUGAUGCCAUCUGUCAAGCAUGGUGGAGGCAAUGAGAUGGUCUGGGGGUGCUUUGGUGGUGGUAAAGUGGGAGAUUUGUACAGGGUAAAAUGGAUCUUGAAGAAGGAAUGCUAUCACUCCAUUUUGCAACGCCAUGCCAUACCCUGUGGACGGCGCUUGGUUGGAGCCAAUUUCCUCCUACAACUGGACAAUGACCCAAAGCACAGCUCCAAACUAUGCAAUAACUAUUUAGGGAAGAAGUAGUCAGCUGGUAUUCUGUCUAUAAUGGAGUGGCCAGCACAGUCACCGGAUCUCAACCCUAUUGAGCUGUUGUGGUAGCAGCUUGACCGUAUAGUACGUAAGAAAUGCCCAUCAAGCCUAUCCAACUUGUGGGAGGUGCUUCAGGAAACAUGGGGUGAAAUCUCUUCAGAUUACCUCAACAAAUUGACAACUAGAAUGCCAAAGGUCUGCAAGGCUGUAAUUGCUACAAAUGGAGGAUUAUUUGACGAAAGCAAAGUUAAGGACACAAUUAUUAUUUCAAUUAAAAAUCAUUAUUUCUAACCUUGUCAAUGACUACAUUUCCUAUUCAUUUAGCUAUAUUUCCUAUUCAAACUCAUUUCAUGUAUGUUUUCAUGGAAAACAAGGACAUUUCUAAGUGACCCCAAACUUUUGACUGGUAGUGUAUAUAAGUAAUCGAUUCACUUUCCCAUCCCUUUCUUUGUUCCUAACGCUACAUCACUAAAACAGAUGUUAUAAGCAGUCAUAGGAGUGGCAGAUUCAUUAUUCAUUGGUUACAAAAUAUAAAUAAAAAACAGUUGAUAUAACUGCUUAUGACCAUGGCAGUACAAAGCAAUAUGGUGUCUCAUGUCUCACAGUUAUACCGUUUUUUGCACCCCCCCCCCCCCCCCCCCCGUAGACUCUCACGACCUCCCAGGGGAUGACGCAGAGGCCCAGUCGCCUGGUCUUCACAGACGUAGCCAACGUUCUCAAUGCAUAACAGAGUCUUCCAUGCAUGAGAGGAGACUGGGGGGGAGUGGGGACAAGCUGUCCCAUCAUGGAGAUCUGUCGCUCAGGAAAGAAAGGAAAACUGUAUUGAAGGCCAUGGAAACAUACGGAUGUUUGGAGGAUGUUUUCCAGGGUGGGCUAUAAGGGAAUUCUGAUGUUUUAGUUGUAGCGUUGUCUUAUUUUCAUAAUUCCACAUUGUCUACAGUUCAUAACUUGUCUUCAGUGACUAUGGUGGGAUAUAUGGGGAAAUUAUGUGAAUAAUGAUUUUGCACUGGUUGUUAUUUGUUGCACAAAUACUUCCAAGUGUGGUGCAUUGUUGGAUCGCUCUCUUUCUCUGUAGUAAUGUUGUUUUUUCACCUUUAUUUAACCAGG